AUGGCUGCAGCACCAAUAGCGAGGUCGUUCCUUCAGGUAGCGGCAACUGAGGAGGUCGCCACUCCUCUGCGUGUCGUUCAGAUCGAAGGAUUGGUUAUGUUGAAGAUUAUCAAACAUUGCAAGGAGUUUUCUCCAGCUCUAGUCACUGGCCAACUUCUCGGGCUGGAUGUUGGUAGCGUUCUUGAAGUAACCAAUUGUUUCCCCUUCCCGAUCAGAGAGGAAGAUGAAGAGGUUGAGGCAGAUGGUGCCAAUUACCAGCUUGAGAUGAUGAGAUGCUUAAGAGAGGUUAACGUUGACAACAACACAGUUGGAUGGUACCAGUCAACGCUGAUGGGGUCUUUCCAAACAGUUGAAUUAAUUGAAACAUUUAUGAACUAUCAGGAAAACAUUAGACGGUGUGUUUGUAUCAUUUAUGAUCCAUCAAGAUCAAGCCAGGGUGUUCUGGCAUUCAAGGCUCUGAAGCUCUCUGAUUCGUUCAUGGAGCUAUACAAAACUAACAACUUCACUGGAGAGAAGUUGAGGGAGAAAAACUUGUCAUGGGUGGAUAUUUUUGAGGAAAUCCCUAUCAAAGUCUCAAAUUCUGCACUUAUCAGUGCCUUUAUGACUGGCCUGGAAGAUGAUACUCCUGUUACCCAGUGUGACUAUGACCGUUUGCAACUGUCAACCAAUCCCUUUUUGGAGAGGAGUGCUGAAUUUUUGAUUGAAUGCAUGGACGAUUUAUCAAUGGAACAGCAGAAGUUCCAAUUCUACCAUAGAAACCUAUCACGCCAGCAAUCUCAGCAACAAACAUGGCUCCAAAAGAGGAGGGCUGAGAACAUGGCACGCAAGGCUGCUGGUGAAGAGCCUUUACCCGAGGAAGAUCCAUCGAACCCAAUCUUUAAGCCAAUUCCUGAGCCGUCUCGGUUGGAUAGCUUUCUCAUAACCAAUCAAAUUUCAAAUUUCUGCAACCAAAUCAAUGGGGUUGCUGGGCAAAACUUCAGCAGACUUUACUUGAUGAAAGCUUUGCAUGAAAACUGA